AUGGCCUCUCUUGAUAUUCCAACUUGUCCUCCUUUAGACGGUACAGUUGAUGUCUUACCUGGAUUCCUUGACUUUCAUGCUAGACAUAAUCCUUCAAAGCCCAUGUGGCGCUUUCCUCCAUUGGAACCUCAACCAGAUGUUGUAACAUAUAGCCAGUUUGCUGAUGCCACCCAUCGUAUCGCCCAUGCUGUUCGUCCAGGACGUACUGGAACUGAGCGUGUUGUUGUUGCCAUCUUUGUGCAUUGUGACACACUCUUCUACUAUGCACUAAUGAUUGGAAUUAUUCGCUCAGGUUUCAUCCCAUUUCCAAUGUCACCGCGCAAUUCAGCACCUGCAGUUGUCAACAUGCUUCAGCGCACGCAGUGCCAUAGAAUCAUCUCCCAGCCAUCAUUUACUCCAGUCAUGGAUUCCAUUCGCUCCGCUCUGCCAUCUGACUAUACUCUCCAAGUGGAUGAUCUUCCUGCAUUUGCUGAUGUAUUCCCCAUGUUUUCCUCUUCCUCUGUGUUGAUCUCGUCAGAAAGUGAUAUAGUUCUUGCGCCAUACCCUUCACCAGUACAAUCUCUUGCACCCUCUGAAGUUGUACUCAUCCUGCACUCAUCUGGCUCCACCGGGUUUCCGAAGCCAAUCAUGCAAACAGGAAUCACAAUUCUCCAUUGGUGUAGCACUCCCGUCAUGGUGGAGAGUCGCAACCGAGCUCUUCGUUGGGCUUCGCCUUCCCUGCCACCCUUUCAUACUAUGGGUAUCAUCAUUCAGCUAUAUGUUGGCCUGGUGUCUGGUCAGCCGGUCUCGCUCUAUACUCCCAGGGCCCACCUGGGUUCACCACCUGUUGUACCUACCCCGGAUAACGCGCUAGAUGCAGUUAAGCAAACAAAUGCAAAUGCAGUUCCUGCUGUUCCCAUAUUUCUUGAGGCAUGGGCACACAACGAUGAACACAUCAAAUACCUAGCUUCAUUGGAGAUUGUGGCAUAUGCAGGUGGCUCACCAUCUGAGAAGAAUGGAAACAAGCUGUCAAAAGCUGGUGUUUUCCUUGCUUCAGUGUAUGGUGGUACAGAGUUUGGGCCACCUUCGGCUCUUUUUGAUGUUGGGCCAGCAGCAACGUAUAAUCCUGCCGGAAAAUCUUGGGAGGACUGGCAGUGGAUGCAGUUUGAUGAUAGGUGCAAAAUUAGGUGGCUUCCUCAAGGUGAUGGCUCUUAUGAACUUGUUUUCAUGUCAUGUGCUACCCACCAGCCUAGUGUUGAAAAUCUGCCAAAUGGCGAGAAGGGCUAUGCAUCGUCCGAUCUUUGGGAGCCCCACCCGACAAAAUCAGGCCUCUGGCGGAUUGUUGGCCGAACUGAUGAUGUUAUUGUGUUGAGCAAUGGUGAGAAGAUCGUUCCAAUACAACAAGAAGGGCAUAUUGGGGCACAUCCAUGGAUUGCUGGUGCUGUCAUGUUUGGAUUUGGGCAUGAGCAGCCUGGUGUGCUCAUUGAGCCUCGCCCUGGUCAUGAAAUAAAAAUGGGAGACCAGGAUGCUCUCGUUGAAUUCAGAGGCCUUAUAUGGCCGCAAGUUGAGGAGGCAAACAAGCCAGCCCCAGGAUUUGCUCAACUAUUCAAAGAAAUGAUUAUUGUAACAGAUUCAGCACGUCCUCUUCCUCGUGCUGCAAAGGGAACUGUGAUGCGCAAAAUGGCCCUUGCACUCUACGAGUCAGACAUCAAUUCACUGUAUCAAGCUGUUUCUGAAAGCACCGGAUUGCAUAACAUUGUACCUCCUCAAUCUUGGACCACCUUGCAUAUUGAGGCAUGGCUUGUAAAACAUGCUACUGAUAUCCAUGGCGGGAAAGUUGUUUCGGUCGACAAAGAUCUCUUCGAGCAGGGAUUUGAUAGUUUGAGUGCAACAAUCCUUAGAAAUCGCCUAAUAGGAGGCCUUCGUUCAUCUACGGAUCCGAGAUCGGCCACCGCUGCAAAGAAAUUACGAGCAAAUAUUGUUUUUGAACAUCCGUCCAUCUCUGCGCUCACUCAGUUUCUCUUCGGCCUUAUUAAUCAAGCCAACUUCGAGUUACAGAAGCAAUCUCCUACUGCAGAUAUUGAUCAGCUGAUUCACCAGUACUCCAUUCAACCUGGAAUGAGUGCGAUAUCAGCCACGGCAAAGGCGGUCAGCAAGAAUGGAGCUGUGAUUCUUGUUACCGGGACCACGGGAAGAUUGGGAACACACCUACUUGCUUCACUUCUUGAAGAUACACGCAUAGCUCAUGUGUAUGCACUUAAUCGUGGCAGCUCUUUGCUCGAGCGGCAGCAAGCAUCAUUUGACUCUGCUCAUCUGCCUUCUGCUGCUCUCAGUGGCCCCAAGCUCACCCUGAUCUCCGGUGACCUUGGACAAGACAACUUUGGCCUAACGUCUGCGAGGUGUGAGGAGAUAAAGAAAUCUGUAACCCACGUGGUGCAUAAUGCAUGGAGAGUCGACUUCAAUCUCUCGCUGGCCUCAUUUGAGUCAAGCAUCAGUGCGGCCACCCGGUUGGCACAGCUUGUUCCAGGUGCAAGAUUUUGCUUUACCUCAUCUGUUUCUGCAGCACAGGGUUGGCCUACAGCAAAAGGUCCUGUACCUGAAGAAGCUCUUCACAACGCAAUGGUCGCUGUUGGAUCUGGAUAUGGCAUGGGAAAAUAUGUAGUAGAAGAGGUCUUGGACAAAGCACGAGGAUUAGGCCUUAACGUGACGAUUCUACGAAUAGGCCAGUUGUGCGGCUCAUCCAGGUCCGGAAUGUGGAACACCACAGAGUGGGUCCCUGUCCUCGUGAAGUCAAGCAUCACUCUAGGAUGUCUUCCCCAACUGGAUGGUGCCGUAUCAUGGUUGCCCAUUGAUAAGGCAGCACUUGCGGCAAUAGAAAUUGUAUUGCAAGAGCACAAAGAACACAAUAUUCCCGUCCUCAACUUGGUUCACCCUCAUCCGACAACUGCCAGAGCAGUGUUCUCUGCAAUCACCAGCGCACUCAAGCUAGACUUGCCCAUUGUAUCUUUCCCAAAAUGGCUUGAGAAAAUAGAAGAGCAUGCAAAGAAUCCCACACCGCAGCUGUUGCAAGAAAUUCCUGCAAUAAAGCUGCUUGAGUUCUUUCGCAGCAUUGUGGUGCAUGGAAGUGACACAUCAGAAAACAUCAAUACAGAGAUAGGCGGUAUGGCACUUUUUGAUUCUGCCAAAGCGAUGGCUGUAAGCACCACACUGCGUGAGCUGCCUGUUAUUAGGAACACUGACUGUGAGGCAUGGGUCCGAUGCUGGCAAGACCAGCACUUCAUCGUCUCCGGGUAA